GCCUGCGUGCGCGCUCAGUAUAAAUAGGUCCCAGGAGGCGGCCACUGGGCAGAACGGGCUGCGGGCGCCACGGGCCAUGGAGGGCGAGGACCACCCGUGGCGGGGCAGCAUCCUUUACAACAUGCUUAUGAGCGCGAAGCAAAUGCACGCCGCUCCAAAGGCGCCCGAGGCGCGGCUCGCGGGUCCGUGCUGGGGCUGCUCCUGCGGCGCUGAGCCCCGUGUAGGCGGAGAGGGGCUGUCCGGCGAGCGAGCCCUGGCGCUCCUGUACCGCUGCUGCUUUUGCGGUGAAGACCACCCGCGGCAGGGCAGCAUCCUCUACAGCAUGCUCACGAGCGCAAAGCAAAUGCACGCCGCUCCCAGUGCGCCCGAGGCGCGGCUCGCGGGUCCGUGCUGGGGCUGCUCCUGCGGCGCUGAGCCCCUGGUGGGCGGAGAGGGGCCGUCCGGCGGGCGAGCCGUGUCGCUUCUGUACCGCUGCUGCUUUUGCGGUGAAGACCACCCGCGGCAGGGCAGCAUCUUAUACAGCUUGCUCACGAGCGCAAAGCAGUCGCACGUGGCUCCGGAAGCGCCCGAGGCACCACUGAGAGGCUGUUGGUGGGAGCGCUCCUACGGAGCACCGAGGCUGGGGGCUAGAGAGGGGCUAUCCGGUGGCCGAGCCCUGUCGCUCCUGUGCCGCUGCUGCUUUUGCGGUGAAGACCGCCCGCAGCGGAGCAGCAUCCUCUACAGCGUGGCCAGGAGCGCAAAUCAGACGCACGCAGCUCCAGAGAUGCAGCCGAGGGCCCCCUGGUGGGACACCUCCUGUGAUGCGCUGCGACCGGUGGCCCUCAAGAGUCCACAGGUGGUCUGCGAGGCAGCCUCGGCGGGCCUCUUGAAGACGCUGCGCUUCGUCAAGUACUUGCCCUGCUUCCAGGUGCUGCCCCUGGACCAGCAGCUGGUGCUGGUGCGCAGCUGCUGGGCGCCCCUGCUCAUGCUGGAGCUGGCCCAGGACCGCUUGCACUUUGAGACCGUGGAGACCUCGGAGCCCAGCAUGCUGCAGAGGAUCCUCACCAGUAGGCGGCAGGAGACCGCGGGCAACGAGCCACCGCCCCUGUCCACACCGCAGUCACAUUUGGCACCGCCGCCGGAGGCCAGGCCGAUGCCCUCAGCAGCAGAGGUCCAAGCCAUCAAGGGCUUCCUUGCCAAGUGUUGGAGUCUGGACAUCAGUACCAAGGAGUAUGCCUACCUCAAGGGGACCGUGCUCUUUAACCCGGACCUGCCAGGCCUGCAGUGCGUGAAGUACAUUCAGGGACUUCAGUGGGGAACUCAGCAGAUACUCACUGAACACGUCAGGAUGACGCACCGAGGGCACCAGGCCAGAUUCGCUGAACUGAACAGUGCUCUUUUCCUGCUGAGAUUCAUCAAUGCCAAUGUCAUUGCUGAACUGUUCUUCAGGCCCAUCAUUGGCACAGUCAGCAUGGAUGAUAUGAUGCUGGAGAUGCUUUGUGCGAAGUUAUGAAGCCAUUUAGCCCAUACAAGCCAAGUUAACCGUGUAAGAGGUGUGGAUAGAAGAAUGUCAAAUAUUGUGAAAUAAACUUUCUUAUUAUUUUUACAUGCAUAGUAUUUUUGUAUUCAAUUAAAGAAAUAGUUUAGUUAUAGAUGAUUAACAAAGCCUCUGUCCUAUGAUGUUUCAUUGUGAAGGAAAACGUUUGUCAACAAGUAACACACUUCUGUACAUCUUUAAGAGAAGAGCAGGGUAUUCCACUAGUCAGCUAUUUCCAAAAGCUUAGUCACUGACUCCAAUGUACCUGCUCAAAUUGAAUUUGUAAUAUUACAUUUUAA